AGAUGAUCGUACUCCAUCGCUGACAAAAUUUCGUAGAUGAUCGCGGCAAUUUCCGGUGAAUGUUUUUUGGAUGCAUGUUCUCUAUUCGGUGUGUAAAAUUUCCGAAUUUUAGGGGUCGUUUCCAUCUCUUAGAAGAUCCAGCUCGCGCGGCAUUGUUUUUAUCGGAUUUGCGUUGAAAUCGUUUUAGGAGGAAGAUAAGUAUCCAGCAAUUGAUUGAAUUUUGAGGAAGAAAUUAGUGUAAACUUAGAGAAAAUGCGGAGAUCGAGGGUGGUUCAUGAAGGAUGGAUGGUGAGGUAUAAACGCAGGAAGAUUGGGAGAUCAUAUUUUCACAUGCGAUAUUUUGUGCUCGAGCCUCGAUUUUUGGCCUAUUACAAGAAGAAGCCCCAAGAUGGUGUGGUACCACUGAAGACUCUUCUCAUUGAUGGCAACUGUAGAGUGGAGGACCAAGGAGUCAAGAGUCUCAAGCCUAACAAUGAUCAUAUGAUUUACGUUCUGUCAGUUUACAACAAGAAAGAUAGUUCCAAUAGGAUGACGAUGGCAUCUUACAGCAUUCAGGAGGUUCACAAUUGGAAAGAAAAACUUGAAUCUAUUAUUGAUCAGCAGCAAGGGUCAAAUUCUGCUCAUGGUAACAAGUACUUUUCUUUUGAGUAUAGAUGUGGCUUGGAUACUGGGAGAAAUGCUUCAUCGUCAGACCGUGAUGCUGCAGAAGAAGAAGAAGAUGAUGAUGAUGAUCGUCCAGAUUCUCCACACCAAACGAUAGGAGAUGGUCCCCCUGAGUCUGUUUUUGACUGGACGGAUGAAUUAGAUUCAAAUUUACACAUUCAGAAUUUCAACAGUCAGGCCUUUACAAAAAAUUCCUGGCGCCUGCUUCAGUGCCAAAAUGGGCUUCGAAUUUUUGAGGAGCUUCAUGAAGUUGAUUUUCUUCCAAAGAGCUGCAGCAGACCAAUGAAAGCUGUUGGGGUAGUUGAGGCUACUUGUGAAGAAACGUUUGAGCUCAUAAUGAGAAUGGAUGCUACGCGAUGCGAGUGGGAUUGCAGUUUUCAGUAUGGUAGCUUGGUUGAAGAGGUAGAUGGACAUACUGCUAUUCUAUAUCAAAGGCUUCAGUUGGACUGGUUUUCAAUGUUUGUAUGGCCUCGUGACCUCUGCUAUGUACGCUAUUGGCGUCGAAAUGAUGAUGGGAGUUAUGUUGUACUGUUUCGUUCUAGGGAGCAUGAAAGUUGUGGCCGACAACUAGGAUAUGUGCGGGCUCAUAUUGAGAGUGGAGGGUUUAAUAUAUCACGUCUAAAGUCUCAUGGUGGCAGACCUAGAACAAAGGUCCAGCAUCUUAUGCAAAUUGAUCUUAGAGGCUGGGGAGCUGGUUAUUUUUCAUCAUUUCAGCAACACUGUCUUCUUCAGAUGUUAAAUAGUGUCGCUGGCUUACGAGAAUAUUUUUCUCAAACUGAUGAAAGGGCCAUAGCUCCUAGGAUGCCACUUAUGGUUAAUAUGACAUCAGCUUCCGAUCCUUCAAAGAAAAAUGAUGACGAAGAUUUUCAGUAUGCUGGUCAAGAGGUUUCUACGUCAGAGGUUAAUGACACAAGAAAUGAGUCCUCUGACGAUGAACCUGAUCUAGACAUGAACUUUUACUUUGGCAACCUUCGCCGCGAUGAUCAGGAAAAUGCCCGUAAUUGCUGGACAUUAUCUGAUGGGAACAACUUCAGAGUACGUGGUAAGAAUUUCUUCAGCGACAAAUCAAAGACUGCUGGCGGUAAGCAUCUUAUGGAUCUUGUUGCCACAGACUGGUUCAAAAGUACGAAACGAAUGGAUCAUGUUGCCCAACGCCUUGGGUGUGCAGCACAAGUUGCAGCAGAUAGAGGACUUUUCUCUAUUGUUAUUAAUCUCCAAGUACCUGCUGGAUCCACACAAUACAGCAUGAUUUUUUACUUUGUAACAAAGAAUUUAGUACCAGGAUCUCUCUUGCAACGGUUUGUUGAUGGAGACGAUGAAGCCCGCAAUAGCAGACUGAAGCUUAUACCAUCAGUACCAAAGGGCUCUUGGAUCGUGCGGCAGAGUGUCGGAACCACUCCUUGUUUACUGGGAAAAUCAGUUGAUUGCACCUAUAUCCGCGGCCCCAGUUACUUGGAAAUCGACGUUGAUAUCGGUUCCUCCACCGUGGCAAAUGGAGUACUGGGACUUGUGAUUGGUGUUAUCACAACGCUGGUUGUAGACAUGGCUUUUAUUGUACAGGGUAACACGCCGGAGGAGUUGCCAGAGCGAUUGAUCGGCGCCGUCCGAAUUUCUCAUCUAGAAUUAUCAUCAGCACUAGAGCCCAGAGAGGAAGAUGAUUUUUGAUUCAAAUCAAGUUACAAUCACCAGUUUUCAGCGGCACCCGAGGCCCUCAAAUAUUGUUUUAUUGCACUUGCACCAGCUAUAUUUUGUCUUUGAUUUAAAUGCUUGCUGCACUUCUCUAAGAGCAUUUUCCAGUCGUUUUCA